UACGCGAACGCUGGUGACUCAUAAAGAUGGCGCACCUCUUCCAGGUCGACCGCGUCCGCCUGCUCUGCUCCUGCGGUGUGCUCAAGCCCAUCACUGCCAUCUACUUCUGCCGCCACUGCCUGAAGCUGAGAUGCGGGAACUGCGUGUCGCACGAGGUGGACACACUUUUCUGCCCAAACUGUUUGGAGAAUAUGCCUUCGACUGAAGCCCGGCUCAAGAAGAACAGGUGUGCCAAUUGCUUUGAUUGCCCAAGCUGUUGCCACACCCUUUCAACACGGGCAACUAGUAUUCAGGCUCCCUCGCCAGAGGAUCCAAGCAAAACUGUUGCUCGGAAGGUCUAUUAUUUGGCUUGCACCAGCUGCAGGUGGACCUCAAGAGAUGUAGGACUGAAGGAUCAAACUGUGGCCACUGGCGGUUGGGCAGAGCAAGACAAUGAACACUAUAAGCAGCUGCAGACCCUGUUGGAACAUUAUCGUUCCUUGGCACAACGUGAGAAGCUAGAGAAGGAACGCAAGAGGUUCUCACACCGCAAGUCAUCUUAUUUCAGUAUGACGGACAAAUACAGCCUUCCCUCCCUGAUUGGAAGGAAGUCACUUUCACCACUGUCUCCUUACUCUCCUAAAGGUGAUGGCAGCCAAACUUCAGAGUUGACUCCUUCAGAAGCUGCUGAAGAAGUAGAGGGACUUCCUGCUGACAUCUUUACUGAAGAAGUAAACCUUUCUUCAAUUACUUCAAUGGAGCAAAGAAUGGCAUCUCCAGAAUGGCAGCCAGAGAAGAGUAAUGAUCUGUAUCCACUUCACAAACACAUUUUGGUGAAACGUUCCCUUCGUUGUCGUCAUUGUGAGCAUAACUUAUCCAAGCCAGAGUAUAAUCCCUCGUCUGUCAAGUUCAAGAUUCAACUUGGGGCUUUUUACCAUGUUCCUGAAGUAAGGAUGGUGCAGCAAGCAGAUCUCAAAUGGGGUGUUGAGACAUCUGUACAGAUCUCACUGUGUAAUCCAACUCCUCAUGAUAUGACUCUAGCUUUCCUCCCAUUUGUCCCUGAAGCACAUAUUGCUGCACAGCAGAAAGGUGAGGAACUUGGAGAAGGAGGCAGCCUUAACACAAGCAGCCUAGUCCGAGUGGUGGAUAUUCCAGUGGAAAAGACUGAUCUAACUCCAUCAGCAGAUGUUGCAUUACCACAGGGACAACUUAUUCUCACUGCUCGUGAUGAUACAGCUGAAUAUGAUGACCAGGAUGCAAAUAGCAGCUUCAAUGAUGAUCCUCAAGUGGUUGCUUGGAGACGAGCAAAUAAAGUUGGUGUUAAUCUUCUAGUUACUCCCCAAUCUGGUGCUAAAAGGGCCAUUGUUGGCUUUGUACUUCGUUAUGAAUACACCAACACUGUUGCAACGGCAACAGAAUCACGAACUGUCACACUGAACAUUCCUGUUAUGGUAGAUGUUGGCCCAGUGUCAGAAUAGACUUUACUGUAUAGUAGCAUUAUAUCUAUGGAUUAUAAAAAGGCCUUUGGCUUUUGCAUCAUGUCAUUAUUGUUGCUGUAUAACAGGUAAAUGCUUCAGUGCUUAUAUAAAAUUCACAUAAAACAAAUCUGCAGAAGCUGUUUAGACACAAGCUGUUACUCUGUUUAUUAUACAGACCUACCCAUGUGAAAUGAAUAGAAGAGAGUGGCAUACAGUGUCCUAUGGCCUUGUAGUCUGUAACUUAGCAUAUCCAUAUUUUUUCUGUGUGAAUUUUAUUCCUUUUGCACAGUGAUUCCAUAAAGCAUUAUUUUCAAGUUUUUUUUUCUGAAUUUGUAAUUGGCUUAAUUUAAUAUUGCUAAAUAAAAAUAAAUGCACUUGGAUUAUGUGUUCUUACUAAAAGAUAUAUGCAAGUUUUGGAGGUGAAAACAAUUGUAGUAUCCUUUUUAUUGCUUAUUGCAACAACUAAGAGUACUUCAGGCAGAAACAGUGUACACUAUACAUAUUUAUUUAAACAAAUAAUUCUGUCUGAUAUACUCAUUAUUAUCCUGAUUAAUUAUUUCACUGUUCACUAUCACAGAAUCAAGCUGUCUGCUUUGUGCCUUAUUUCUAAUUUGAAAAACUGUCAGUUGCUUAUUAUUACUGUCCACAAACAUCUUAAGAAAAAUUAUUUGUGGCCACUUGGUGUGCCUUAGAGUCAUGAAGAGAGAGCUGGUGUCUGGGGAUAUAUGACUAUGGUGUUUAGCAUAAUUGAAAUGAAGGCCAUACCUUUUCUUCACAGAAAAUUUCUACAUGCCAGUUAAAUAAUGUCAAUGGAGCAGAAGCACAAGACGAAAAGAGUUUAUUUGUUUAGCUUUUAAUUUUGCAUGUCCAAUUUAUCAAUAGUCUUUCCGCACAGCCAAAGUAAAAGCAUAGCAUUUACAUUGAAUGAAUUGCUUGAUAAUGCAAAAUUCUUUCACCAGGUAUUUUUUCUAAAAAUUGGUAAUAGUUAUCUUAUUGUGUACAAGGAUGAUGUUUUGUAUUUUCAUUUGUUCAGUUUCUACUUGUGGAUUAUAUAUGAAAUUGUAGUUAAGCUGUAUAUCAGAAGUAUUUAUUUCUUUUUAUACAAGUUGAUGAAACUAGACAUACUAAAUUGUAGAUAAUUCCUGGGCAGCUUUAAUGGUGUAGUAUCCAAAUAUUUUGAUUGCAGAUAUUUGUUUGCAAUUAAUUAUCACAUGUAUCUCUUAUGAUAUAAUAAACCAAAUAAAAAGU